AUUUGAGAUCUCUCUUCUUGAACGGUUGAAAUAAAAGAAAAAAAAAAAAACAGCAUUAAUUCAUACAGAGAAGAACAGCAAAGCUAUGCGAAAUCUCUUGAAUCAGGAGAAGAGAAGAAAGGGGGCAAGAUAGAAUCUUGUGGUCUAAAGCAGCUGUAAUGGUGGAUUUAUGGGUGACUCUGUUGGGGGCGGCGAUUCCUGCUGUCGUCGCAGGCCAAGCUCUGAGAAUGAAGAAGAGGCGAUCAGAGGAGCAGAGGUUGAAUGGUACAAGGGGACGGGAGAAGAGCUCCGACGAUAUCUUCGUCUGUGAGAGAGUAUGCAUGUCGAAGAGGAUGCUGAAGAAGGUUGGCGCAUUCUCCAAAGACCCAACUCCUGAUACUUGCGUCACCGUCUGCGGUUUAUCGGCGCUCGAUGCCUGCACCGAUGCCUGUGCUCGCACUGUUUGCGUCAACCAACAUCAAGUGCCUAAUUGGAAUGAUAUUUGCCUCCGGAGGUGCCAGAGCGAAUGCCUUAAAUUCUCUUCUUCUUCGUCUUCCUCUUCUUUGUCAUCUUAGACCCUUUUCCUGUAAUUUAUUUAUCAAAUUCUGGAAGUUGUUUUGCUUAACUUUGAGAAGAAAUUUAAGUUUGAUGGUUGUCAUUUGGACAUUGGAAACGA